AUGGGUAAACCUACUAAUAAACCUAGAGUCAAAGGCAACUUGAAGCCUGCAAGUAGCGCCAUACCUGCCACGACAGCAGGAAUCGUUAGCAGUUCUCGACCUUCGACACCCUCUUCUUUUGAUGGGCACGAUAGUCCCAGCUCGUUGACAGCAGCUGAUUUAGAUCCGGAACUCGUCUUCAUUUUGAAAAAAUUGUCAAAGCGCGAUGUUGUUACAAAGUUGAAAGCAUUAGAAGACUUACAAGCUUAUUUACAAAAUAAUGAAAAAGCGAUUGACGCUAUUCUCCACAGUUGGAUAGGUAUAUACAAUAAAAUGACCUUAGAAGUAGAUCGACGUGUUCGUCUAGUUGCGAACGAAAUUCAUGGUUUGAUGACAGUGCAUGCAAAGAAGAAAUUGGCACCUGUAUUGAAAGACUUGAUUGGGCCUUGGUUAUUAUCCAUGUUUGAUCAAAGUAAAGACAUAAUGCAAGUUGCAAGAUCCGCUUUUGAGACUGUGUUUAUUCCUGAGAAAAGAUUGCCAGCCAUUUCAUUUUGCCAGAAGAAGAUUUUGCAAUAUAACAGCGAUAUGUUGUUGUACAAGACAGCAGAUACUCUCAGCGAUCCGAGAUAUGUUUCAAAAGAAGAUAUGAUGGCUAAAUACGCGCGUAUAGUGUCUUCCAGUUUUCAGGUUUUAGCUUAUUUGAUUACAUCGCUGUCAGUCGAGGAAAGAGACAAAUGUCAGUCAGAUUACACGAUCAUUUUGGAUGAUACAACUAUGUGGAAAAAGUUUAGCACACAUGAGAAUGGACUUAUUCGUAAAGCUUUAUACGGAUUUAUAAAGACUCUAUUGCUAUCAUGGCCAGAUAUGAUUGAAAGGAGGAUGAAUUUGAUUUGUCCGUCACUUUUCGGUAGUGUAUUCAAGGAGAAAGAUUCUGCAACCCAUUCAAACAUGUGGGAUGCUGUUCUGUUAAUGACGAAGAAGUUUCCUUCAUCGUGGAUUAUUAUUGGAGAGAAGAAGCCGGCAUUACCCAAACUAUACAAUUUCCUUCGAUGCGGACUCCAUGGAUCACCCAAUAUUGCUUAUCCUAGCCUUCUAGCAUUACUUGCCAAUUUGCCUCCUGAAUUGAAGUCAACACCAAACUUUUACAAAGAUAUCUUUGAGAAUUUUUGGAAGGGCUUGUCAACUGAAUACGUUGACCGCUCCAAUUCUCACAUCUUUUUAAAUGCAUACGCUGAAUGUAUCGUGUACUUCGUCAUGACCCUUAGCAAGUCAAAUGAAGAAUCUGCAGCGGGAAUAGCCAACUAUUUGAUACUAAACACAUUUUGGGAUAUGGUCAAAAUUUACUUUUUAAAUUCAAGCGAUAAAGUAAUUAACGACAAAUUGGACCCCAACACCGGAUAUGCCAUCAUUGCGAAACAUUUCGCAGUUCUUGCUUCUGUCGAUAACAGUAUUGUAGAAGAUUGUUUGUCGACUUUGUAUUUCAAUUUUGAUGAGCUUUUCGUGCAAACAAUUGUAGAUUGUGAUUCUUCCACUACACGCGCACCCUUGGAUAUGGACAUAUUCUGUCAAAAGAUCAGCAAUUUCUUAACAGCUAUUUCACAUGAACUCACUAAUAUUAUCAUCAAGCAUAAUGGCGGAAAAGGAAAAUCACUUGCGCAGUUUGUUGAAGGUUCAGUACAGCGGUUACUAGUAGCAUCCGUUGAAUCCAGCAUUGUACAUGGAGGACAUUCAACAAGCUUAUUAAAAAUGGCGAAUCAACUAAUUCAUGCUGACAAUAUGGUUUUUCCCGAAGAAAGCUUGAAUAAGUUGCUCCAGGCAAACAAACAACUUCUAGAUUCAUUAGUUGGCAAUGUUUUUGAAAAGUCACUCGCCUACUCCACAACAUACUAUAUCGCCUUUAUUGCUCGGCUGAAGAAGGACAAUAAUAAAACAGCUGAAGCGAACGAUCUUUGGCUCAACUUGGUUGCCAAAUUGAAUAAUAUGUAUCAAAAUAAUGAUGAUUCUAUAGUCAUGAAAGGAGCCUUUAUUUUGGGGGUAGUAUGGAAGCAAAUCAUGGCGGAAAAACUUGCACUUAGCGAAGAGGAUUGUAGUGAAGCUUUGGAAAAUAUCAUCAGAAUCUCAUUAUACAAACUUAAUGAUGGCAAUAUCAAUGAUAGCUUACGCCAGGUCUUAGAAAGCACCUUAUCAUCAACUCUUGGUUAUUAUUCAUCAUCUCAUUUCCCCUCAAUUACCACAGCAAGCAUGACUAUCGAAACCAUUAAGGCUAAACUAAACACUUUCAACCAACAUCAUUAUGUUGACAAAAAAUCAUCUGCUAUAACUAAACCAACUGUUGCUGUACUUUAUAGUACUUUGUCAGCUCUCAAAAUUCUAAGCGGUGCAAUUGAAGUCACUGUGAACGAUAAGAAGGAAACAUUACAGUUAUUGCUCAAAUGUGACACAUCGAAUGAACUUUGUGCCGAAAUAUUCGAUGCUAUAUCCACUGCUUCUAAUUUCAAAGCAUCAGUGCUAGUAGAAGAAGAUGAAAUGAAGGAAGAGGUAGAACUUCUUGCCAAUAUUUUCGAUCAAGCCUCUUCUAUAUGGCAUAGUAUCAUUGAAGUAGGCCUUUUACAAGAAGCACAACAACAGCAGUUGAAGCCUUUGCUUGACCGUGUAAGAAAAUCCAUAUCAAAUGUUUAUUACGCUGCUAGCCCUUCCGACUCUGUUCAGCGCAUCAAAAACUUGGUAACAGCUGCAACAAUUGACACCAGUACUUGGACGGCUUUGCUAGGCACUGAAAAGGAAUGGAUACAAUUAGCAUCACGUACCUUUAAUCAGCAAUAUACUGCAGACUACUUGCAAUUGGGAAUUCGCAACUCUUACUCCAUUGCAUCAUCUGAGAUUUUAGUCGACAAUGCCGAUGAAUUAAUACCGAUUAAAUACGAUAUUUACGGAUUGUCAGCAUUCGGUCGUUUGGUAUUAACCUGGGCCGAAUACUUCGCUACCGCUGCCGCUGAAGAUGUGAAUUCAAUCAUGAAUAACAUGAAUUAUGAUUGGGUCAUACGUCAGCUUAUGUUAGCCAGCAUUUCUUGUGAACAAGGCCUAACCGUUUCAGAUAUUAGCCGUACAAUAUUUAGCUCAAAAGCUACCAAAGGCAUUCGCAACUUCGUUGAAAAUAUAAGUCAGCAAGUGUUUUCUGAAUGGUUGAUGAGCGUAUCAUCUAGCAUUGUAGAUAUCAACGCUUGGAACGACCAACUGUUGCAAUCAGUGACAGCGAAACAAAUUGACAUCUCUAAUGACCGUCUCAUAUCCUUCAUCGCUCACUUAAUUUCUCAAAAACAAGCAGACGCUAAGAACAAUAGUAGGUUUAUGGUUGUAGAAUCAGCCAUUCUCUUACAAUGGAUAUUACAAAAGCUUGUCAUUUUAGGUGAUUGGCCAGUGGAACAAAUGGAAAGGUGGUUGCCGCUCAUUAGAGCUGAAUCAGAUGAAUUGGAUUUAUUGGUCAAGCUUGCUAUAUUAAAUGCUUUAAAAAAUCGAAUGAAUCAAAGCAAUGCCUAUCAACACUAUCAGAGUGACUUAGCCAGUAAAUUGUCCGGUAUUACUCAAGGUCUUGAUCAAUUUGAUUUCUGUAUUGAAGAAUAUGAUUCUAGAAAGAAGCUCAAUUGGAAUUUAUUAUGCUUAUUAAAUGCAUCUGCCUCAAAGACAAGCGGUUUUGAUAUACCUAGACAAAGAUUGAUGUUUUUGGUUCAAACUCUACGUCCACUUUUAGCAAGCGAUUCAUCAAAUCAAGGAGAAGAAUUUAGCAAUGAAUUGCAAAAGGCAAAGAUUCUAACUCAAAUGGCACAAUUAUUAAAGCAUAUGACUAUAUCUAUCGCGGAUGUACAGGGUAGUCAUUGGGAUUGGUUCCUACAAUGCUGCUUCGAAUGGACUGCUUUUAAGGAUACAGCGGCCCAGCCAGAGGAACUACUUCUUGUGUACCAUGCACUUGAUUUAUAUCACACCUUAUAUGAUAUGUCUAUGAUCGGACAAGAGGAAUAUACUAUUGUGCAAAAUGAAGAACUGCAUGAUACUGCCAAGGAGCAUUUGAGGGCAAUGAGUAAGUCCUUGUUGCAACUUAUGGCUAUGGAGCAAGAAUACAUGAAAAAGCUUAAGAACAAUGAUAUCGAAACUCAUAUUGCCCUAAACAACAAGAAGGCCAGAAUAACGUAUCAAGCAUUACUUUCUGGAUUGUUGGAACAUAUUCCUGAGAAUGUUUUAUUCGAUGAUGAGUACUUUUCAAGCUUCAAUGCUUUGAUUCGUAUACCCAAUGAAGUACUCCAAAAGCGUGCCUAUUCUCUGUUAAAGAAGUACAUUUCUUUUAAAACACAAGAGUUAUCUGUGCAACUUGAGUUCACUGAAACUAGUGAGGAGGAAACACAAGUGAAUAUUCAUGAUGAUAUUCUUUCAAUAUUGUUAAAUCCUCCUGAAAUCGCCAGUGAAGGUAUUUUAGAGAUUGAAGGCCCCGAAUAUUCGAACAAUGUCCUUGCAUAUCUUUUGACUUGGAUGUUAAUGCUAGAUCAUUUUACAGAUAUUACGUUCAAAUUGAAACAAGAGUAUACAAACCAAUUGAAGGAAAAGGAGGCUGUUUCUCAUCUUAUGCCAUUACUGUGUAAGAUCCUCAAUGUAGGUAUCAAUAGCAGUAACACUAAAAAGGCAUUUGAUUUAUCACUGUGGUCUGUGAGUGAAUAUGAUGUGGAAGGUUUCGAUGCAUCCAUUGAAACAAGCUUCUUUGUGUUGGCUGGCCACCUUUAUUAUCGAACGCUCGUACAUAUUCCCUCACUGGUGAGACAAUGGUGGAUCGAUUGCAAGAACCGUCAAAUCACCAUUGCCGUUGAAAAUUAUACUGAAAAGUACUUUAGUCAACAGCUGAUUCAACGUGAGCUCGAAUUGGUCAACCAUCCCGAUAUUAAAAACCAAUUAGAGGAGAAUGAAGAGAAUGAGUUCAGCAUCAAAACUUUGAAAGGCGCAAACGAAGUUACCGCAACUUACAAGGUGGACGAACAAAAUAUGCAGAUUGCUAUUAAGCUUCCCAGUAAUUUCCCUCUGAGACACAUUGAUGUAGAAAGUAUUCAGAAAGUAGGUGUCAACGAUAAACAAUGGAGAGGCUGGAUGUUUGCAGUAGCUUCUGUUAUUAGCUCUCAGGUAAGGACGACGUUUUCAUUUGUGUUGUAG